GCUACGUGCCCCUUCUACAACCAGCAAGGUGAAACAAUCAACCACAUCCUUGUAACUUGCGUCUUCGCGAGAACAUUGUGGCUUUGGAUUUGGGAGGCCCUGGGCGAGCCAGAUAAGGCUCCUGGGAGAGAGGACGAGUUGGUGGAGUGGUGCUCCACACGAGUGGCUACACAAUGCAUACUAAGAGACUUAAAGGCAAUCCUCACACUAUGCUUGUGGGAAUUGUGGAAACACCGCAACGCCAUUAUAUUCGACGGUGAGACACCAUCACUCCAAACGGCACUCCGUGACAUUGAUCGUGAAGGACGCACUUGGAGAUUGGUAGGGAAAUUUAAGGGUGACAUAGAAUUUUUCUUUGGUGGUAUCCAUAGGCGGGCUAGCGGUGAAUAAUCCCGAACGAGCUGUGUGUGUGGAGGUGGAGGCCUAGGCCUGUGUGAGCCUUGUAAUUACGGUUGUAAACUUUGUGGAGGGUCUCUUUGCCCCUUUUUUCUUUAAUAUAUGAUAUGCACACUCGUGCAUAUUCUAGAAAAAAAAAGUUUUACUAUCAACGUGGUAUAUGCCCAACUCAUAAAAAAAACAUGAUAGCAUGCCUUGGCCCAAAGUAAGCUGAAUUUGGUACUCCGGUCUUUACUUCUCCAUUAGAUCAUUUGCCUUCCCUGAGAGGCUAUCGGGUGGGGCCCGAAGCCACUGUCAUUGAGAUAAUCGGAAGGCAAAUCAUCCAACCCCUUGUAAUGUGGGGCAAUUCAUCCAAUCCCGUAGAGAAAUUCACCCCUAAAAAAACUUGCAGAGAAAUCCCCUUUCUUCUGAGAAAUCCCCCAGAUCCAAAAAUCAUGGACGGCGACAGGCCGACUCCGGCGGCCGCGGCCGCGUCGGUGAGGUUGGUGCUCGGCGACGACGACCUCUUCCGCGAGAUCCUCCUCCGCCUCGGCUUCCCCAACUGCCUCGUCCGCGCCUCCCUCGUCUCCAAGCGGUGGCUCUUCCACGUCUCCGACCCGGCCUUCCUCUGCCUCUUCCGCGAGCGCAACCCGCCCCGCCUCCUCGGCUUCUGCGUCAGCAACCGCAGUCCCCAGUGCCCCUGGUAUGAGUUCGUGCAGCUCCCGCAGUCCCCGGAGCUCGCCGCCCUCGUACGCCGCGGGGCCUCCUCCUGCAACGACGCCUUCCGCCGCAGCUGCCAAUGCCAGGGUAUCCAACACGUCCGGAACGGCCGCCUCAUCGCCUGGUUCUCCAACGACGGAAGGCUCAAGCACUCCAUCCUCGCGCCGCUGCUCGCCGGGGAGUCCGAAGUGGUCCUCCCGCCGACCCCGCCGAUCUCACCGCCCCACCGGGAGGAGCCCGCUCUAGGGGUGUUCAGUAGGAUUAUCCUACCCGAGGAUGGGAGCCGCGGCUUCAUCACCUUGGUAUAUCUGUGGCAGGUCCGGCGGAAUGUCCGUGCGGAAGUGUACGUGCUGAGAUCCGGCGGUUGGGGCUUCCCUGCCACCGCAAUGACAGAGGUCCCGAAUGCUGCAGCCUUCCUUACAAAAAUGCUACCACCCGUCCGUGGCAAGGUUUUCAUGGUGACCAGCUUUGGGUGCAUCCUGGGUCUAGAUUUGGCCGCGGCAAGGUUCCUCAAGCUCGAGCUCCCAGCUCAAAUAGGGCGCAAUUACAUGCUCUCAUCUGCCGAGGGUUCCGGGAUAUAUCUUGUCAAUGCAGAUGGGUUUCAGCUCAGUGUGUGGCUCCAUCGGAUGAUGAGCAACAGCGAUGGUGCGGGCGGCUGGCUGCUGGUGGACUCAUUUUGUGUCCGCGAGGCAUACAGUUCUGCUGGUCACAAUUGGGUUUGGAUUCCACAAGAUGGCGAUUUUCUUGGUGUUGCUGCAGUUGGGGACAAUGCCGAGUUUGUAUUCUUGGAUUAUGUGAGAUAUGGUGUUGUCCUUUAUGUUCAUCUGAGGAGCAGGGUGGUUGAGAAGGUGUAUGAGCAGGCACCGUAUCAUCAUGGAUUUUUUCGGCUGGGUUUGAGCCACAUACAUGUCUCUCCCUUUAUGAUGAUCUGGCCGCCUGUUUUCCCUACACUGAAAAGGGACACAAUCAAGAGCAAUGAUCCGGCUGUGCUUUGAUCUUUGAACUAUCAUCGCUAGGUACGAAUUCUAUGAUAGAAAGCUAUGUUUCUCUGAUGAGGUACUGAAAUGUAUGACUAAUCAAUAUUGUUGGGAUGGGCUUGACUACAUCUCAUUUAGCUAGUGUAUGCCAUUUUAUCGUGUUUUAUUC